AUGGCUACUCGCUACCUGGGCGCAUCCAUCCCCGAGAUCCAGAGGCCUCGCCUCUCGUGCAAAAAGUUCCUCGAGCGUCGCCUUAUACGCGCCUGGAAGGCUUUCAGCCAGACGACCCGCAAGCAGCAGCGCGCAUCCAUCCUCCCCGAAGACUUUGUCCUUAUGACCGCGCGCCGCCGCAGCGUCCGCCUGAACUAA